AUGCGACUUUUCUUCUUUCCCCGCAGUUUUUCCCUUUCCCGGAUUAAAUCAUGUGACGUCACUGCAGAAGAAGAUGGAGAAGAUGAAGACGAAGAUGAAGACGGAGAAGAUGAAGAUGGAAGGAAGAUUUUGAUAAAGAUGGGAUAUAUGGAUGGGGUGAUAUGCCCGGGCUCUUAUGCUUUGCUGAUAUCUACCACUGUUUUGAUUCUGGAUCAGGCUACACUACCUACGCUGCUACUAGGGGAUACAUCAAAUAUCAGUUCUACAAUAGUAUCCUUUGACACUAGAAGACAAGAAGUCUGGCUAAUAACAUAA